AUGGUGAAUCCUUUGCUACCGAGGGGAGUCAAGUCCACCCGAUGGACUCUGGAUGAAGACGCUUCGAUUGUGGCCAUGCGCCAGGCUGGAGAAAACUGGAAAGGUAUUAGCAAGACCCUACAAGGUUGGAGCGCGACGGCCUGUGCCUUGCGGUACGCAAGCCUUCAGCUUCGGCCGGAGUGGAAUGAAGCGCAAAAGGACCAGAUCGCCUACUGGUAUACGCAGCAUGUUCAGAAUCUGUGGAGCCGCUUGGCCACGAUGGUUGGAUUGCCUAUUUCGGAUGUUGAGGCUAUAGCAUGGCAGCUGGGACAGCGCGAGAUGGCCUGUCGCGCAGCACGAUUGCGCCAUGGAACAAGUAGGGGAUCUACAAGCUGCUCGACCAGUACUCUGUAUGAGCACGAAACUCGUAGCCCGCGAUUCGAGCUGGACGUCCCCGAGAACACUGUGAUUGACGGAGCUGAGAGGCUUUAAAGGCGC